CAGCCCACGUGACCGCCGAUCAGCUGAUCUUCCCUUUUUGAACGGCUUGAGCUGCGACCUCCCUUGCGCUGCGAAGGCGCUAGUCCCUAGGAAAUCAGGGCGCGUUGAGUGUCGCCUGCUACGCUGAGCUGCAAAAAGCAACAGUUGCAUCCUGGCUGCCGAGGUGUAAGUGCGUCUUCAGGAGCUUUUACAAAACCCAGAAAUAUUUUUAAAACACCCCUGGCACACCACCCAGUCCUUGGAGGAUAGGACCGAAAUGGCGUUAAUUUCAGCGGAGAUAUAUAUAUAUUUAAUUUCAUCUUGUGCUUGAAUUGAUGAGAGACUGGGGUUUUUGUAGGUACGAAGAACCACCUGGGUGGAACCUCUCAUCUCCUAAUUUCUUGAUUUUGCAACCCAGCGUGAGACAUUGGUGGGAUUAUGGCAUCCGUGACAAGCUGGCUUCUCGCUUUGGUCUUCUUACUGGCUGUGGCCAAGACAGCAACGGGAAGCCGACCUUGUGUCCCGAAAUAUUUUGGUGACAAUGCUGUUGUGUGCAUUUGUAACAGCACGUAUUGCGACACGCAAGACCCCGUCUCUCUCCCCCCUUUGGGUCAGUUUGUGGUGUACGAAAGCAGCAAGUCCGGAAAACGGCUGGAACGCAGAGAAGGCUAUUUUCAGAAGCUGACGGCCAAACCAGAUGUUCUUCUGAUUUUGGAGACGGCCCAGCGGUAUCAAAGAAUAAAAGGAUUUGGGGGGUCCGUCACUGAUGCAGCCUCCAUCAACAUCCUGGCUCUGUCGCCGAACACCCAGAAAAAUCUACUCCGUUCCUACUUCUCGGAGGAAGGGAUUGAAUACAAUCUUGUGCGCAUGCCAAUGGCGAGCUGUGAUUUCUCUAUCCGGCCGUACACGUAUGACGAUUUUCCGUACGACUACGAGCUAAAGAAUUUCAGCCUGGUUGCGGAAGACCUACUAAUGAAAAUCCCCAUUGUGCAUCGGGCCAAGGCUAUGUCGAAGAGACCCAUCUCCCUUAUGGCCAGCCCAUGGACUGCUCCAAUUUGGAUGAAAAGCAACGAGGACUGGAAAGGGAAAGGCUGGCUGAAAGGGCAAGCGGGCGAUUCCUUCCACAAAACUUGGGCUUCUUAUUUUGUCAGGUUUCUCGAUGCGUACGCUGAGCAGAAUUUAACCUUCUGGGCCAUCACCGCUCAAAACGAGCCUUCCUCUGGAUUUGUGAAAAAUUACCCUUUCCAGACUUUGGGGUUCAGCGCAGAAUCGCAGCGUGACUUCAUUGCUCUGGAUCUCGGCCCUGCCCUGGCCCAAAGUUUGCACAAGAAAGUUCGUCUAAUUACUCUCGAUGACAACCGAAUGCAUCUCCCUAAUUGGGCAAAAGUGGUGUUGGGCGGUGACAGUCAAGCCUACCGCUACAUUCACGGCAUCGGCCUCCACUGGUACAUGGAUUUCAUCAGCCCCGUGAAGGACACGGUGGAAGCCACCCACCGUAUCUUCCCCGACUACUUUCUGAUUGCCACCGAAGCCUGUGCCGGGUCUUUCUUUUGGGAACGGGAUGUUAUCCUCGGGUCCUGGGACCGAGGGGAGGACUACAGCCACAGCAUCUUGGAGAACCUGAAUCACCACGUCGUCGGUUGGAUCGACUGGAACCUGGCCCUGGAUUUACAAGGGGGACCCAACUGGGUGAAGAACUUCGUGGAUAGUCCAAUCAUUGUCGACCCCAUUGGCGACAUCUUCUACAAGCAGCCCAUGUUCUACCACUUGGGCCACUUCAGCAAGUUCAUCCUUGAAGGAUCACAGCGCGUUGGGCUGACAGUGGUUCAACCUUACUUUAGUUGCAACUUGGAACAUGUUGCGGUGCUUCGCCCCGAUGGAUCGGCAGUGGUGGUGGUCCUAAACCGGUCUUUGUUCAGCCUCACCUUCGGACUGACUGACUCGGUUGGUCUUAUUUUAACUCAAAUCCCUGCCAACUCCAUCCAGACGUAUCUCUGGCGGCGCCAGUAAAAAAAGGAGUUAGCACGCUGGGUGCCAGUUGGGAGAAAAAGUCGCGGAUCCAACAAGAUUGUUUACUAACCUUCUUGGGAGCUGAGAUGGUGGUUCAGCCCAACGGAUGACCUUCUUCUAGGAGAUGAACCUUGACCAGGGCUGAGGAAGCAGAGAUUUGAUGUUUUGGGGGAUCAGCAAGACCAUGAUUCCCAGAGUGUCUGCCAGUACAUCAGUCAUGGCUAAAAUUAACUGAAACCAAGGAGUUCCAUUUUCUGGCUGGGAAUCUCUUGACGAGACUGUUGGCCAUAAUGCGAUGUGGCCCAACCCUUUGGAAAUGCACUUGGUUAAGCCUCAAAUGCUGGCUUGCAAGCCACAAGGAUCGUUUCUCACGCCUCCAAGCCACAUUAUGACUUUCAUCUGAUGGAAUUGAACCUGGAUGAGCUGGGCUGAGUCCACCUGGUUCUGGAUUCCUAGGUACUUCAUGGUCAGCAUUUCCAAUUAAGCGACUGGGAACAUAUUGUACCCAAGUUUGUUUUUUUUCAUUCUACGUCUUCCUUUUUCCCCCCUGUGUAACUCACAACGUGACACCGAAACUUAGCUGAUUAUAUGUACUAGGAUCUACCCUUCUCCAGUUUCGGAUUACGUGUCCUGCACAUGGGAGAAUUAAGAUGCCUUGUGGAUUAUUAUUACUAUUAUUAGUGGUUUGUCACACACUCGGCCAGAUGUUCAGACUGGAUUUGGCAUUUUAAUACAGCCUCCAAGCACCUAGGAUAGACAGGUGUGGUUGUUUGAUGGUGUUAAAGCUCUCCUUACAGGAUGUCAGCUGUUCCGAGUCCAACUGCCUUUUGUCCGAUGGAGACUGUGUCAAUGCUGACGGUGUUCAAUUAUUGUUAUGGUUUGUCGCACAGUCAUCCAGAUAUUUUUUUUAAAAAUUAUAAAUUUUAUUGAAUUAAAAAAAAGGAUUAAAAACAUUGAACAUGGUAAAUCAACAUUUGACAGACAUCUCAGUCCAUAUUUACAUUAAUUACAAAUAAAUCUCUUUACAGUAACAUCAUUCUAAUCUCAAUCUUGGCUUUUCUCAUGACAAUGACCUUCAUUUUUUUCCCCACCAUCUAUAAAAUUUAUUCCAUAUUUGAUAAAAAUCUGAUUCAUCCUGAUUUUUUAAUCUUUUAGUUAUCCUGUCUAAUUCUGCGCAAUACAUGAUUUUUUGAAUUAAUGUUUCCUCACUCGGUAGAUCCAUAGCUUUCCAUUUUUGCGCAAAUAAUAUCCUUGCCUCUGUAAACACGUGAAUGAAUAAAUAUGUGUCAUCUUUACUUACAUUUUUUUCAAGUAUUCCUAACAGUAAAGUCUCAGAUUUGUACUGAAUGUUUUGCAUAGUCAUUUCUAUUGCCCAUUCCCAGACCAUAUGCCAAUACGCCUGUGCUUUUCUACAUGUCCACCAAACAUUAAAAAAAGUGCCCCUUUUUUUUUUACAUUUCCAACACAUAGAUGAAUAUCCUUUAUACAUUUUGGCUAAUCUGGCUGUCAUCCAGAUGUUUUGACUGGAUUUGAACUUUCUUUGUUCACCCGCUGAGCCUUUCCCAAGGACCUGGGAUAGGCAGAUGUUUAAUAAUAUUAAAGGUAACCUUGCAAGAUUUAAGCUGUGCUAAGUCCAGCUGCCUUUUGCAAUUGACGGAUGGGGAUUUUGUCAACGCCAAAGGUGUUCAAAGGAUGCUCCAGAAGUUUUGGGAUUGCACCCCAGCUGCCUGUCACUAUGGAAACUACCUUUGUUCUCUUCUAUUGCUGUUACAAUAUUUUGCACACGGACUCUUUUCAGUCCAUCUUCUCAAGACUGCCUAUGCUCAGCUGCCUCGAUCAAACCAACAUUGUUUCCUCUCUGGAACCCUCAUUGAAAAAUUGGCUUCCUUGCAUGCAGCUUUCAAACCCGUUUGAAGACGGACAACUUGCAGUCGGAGUUUAGUGAACCUCGGAUUGGAUCUGUGAUUUCUUACAGAUUUAGGAAUAAUACUCUUUUGGUGCGAGUAAAAAAAAAUACAAAACACAUUUAACAACC